AUGGCUGGCGGAGGUUUCGUUAAAGGAGGCGGCGGCGGCGAUUUUGAAGCCAAGAUCACUCCGCUCGUUAUUAUUUCAUGCAUAAUGGCAGCCACCGGAGGCCUUAUGUUUGGAUACGACGUCGGAGUUUCAGGUGGAGUGACGUCCAUGCCACCGUUCCUGAGGAAAUUCUUUCCGGUGGUGUACAGAAGGACGGUGGAGGAGAAAGGGCUGGACAGUAAUUAUUGCAAGUACGACAACCAAGGGUUGCAAUUAUUCACGUCGUCUCUGUACGUGGCGGGUUUGACAGCGACCUUCUUCGCUUCCUAUACGACGAGAAAGUUGGGACGGAGGCUAACCAUGUUGAUCGCCGGCCUCUUCUUUAUCGCGGGAACCGUGUUCAACGCCGCUGCUCAAAACCUUGCCAUGCUCAUCAUCGGUAGACUCCUUCUCGGAUGCGGUGUUGGUUUCGCUAACCAGGCUGUGCCGGUUUUUCUUUCUGAGAUCGCACCUACAAGAAUACGUGGAGGAUUGAAUAUACUGUUCCAGCUUAAUGUCACUAUUGGCAUUCUCUUUGCUAAUCUGGUCAACUAUGGCACCAACAAAAUCGAAGGUGGAUGGGGUUGGAGGCUAUCUCUGGGGUUGGCUGGCAUCCCUGCGGGGCUCCUAACCUUAGGGGCUCUCUUGGUAGUGGACACUCCCAAUAGUCUCAUCGAGCGUGGUCGCUUGGAAGAAGGCAAAGCUGUGCUUAAAAGGAUAAGGGGCACCGACAACGUCGAGCCUGAGUUCUUAGAACUCGUGGAGGCAAGCCGUAUCGCUCAAGAGGUCAAGCACCCUUUCAGGAAUCUUCUUCAUCGGAGCAAUCGACCCCAAGUGGUCAUUGCCAUCGCCUUGCAGGUCUUCCAACAAUUCACUGGUAUAAACGCUAUCAUGUUCUAUGCUCCGGUGCUGUUCAACACACUGGGAUUCAAAAAUGAUGCUUCCCUUUACUCUGCUGUGAUCACUGGGGCUGUUAAUGUCCUCUCCACUAUUGUGUCCGUCUAUUCAGUGGACAAAGUUGGACGGCGCAUGCUCUUAUUGGAAGCUGGAGUUCAGAUGUUUUUGUCCCAAGUGGUAAUUGCUGUGAUCCUAGGAAUCAAGGUGACGGACCACUCUGAUGACCUUUCAAAAGGAUUAGCUGUCUUAGUGGUGGUUAUGGUGUGCACAUUUGUAUCUUCCUUCGCUUGGUCCUGGGGGCCUCUUGGGUGGCUCAUUCCCAGUGAGACAUUCCCUCUGGAGACUCGCUCGGCUGGGCAGAGUGUGACUGUUUGUGUCAACUUGUUCUUCACCUUCCUCAUUGCACAGGCAUUCCUCUCCAUGUUGUGUCACUUCAAGUUUGGGAUCUUCCUGUUCUUCUCCGGAUGGGUCUUAAUCAUGACCCUCUUCGUCCUUUUCUUGCUCCCUGAGACCAAGAAUGUUCCCAUAGAAGAGAUGUCACAGAGAGUAUGGAAGCAGCAUUGGUUCUGGAAGAGGUUUAUGGAAGAUGAUGAUGUUGCGGAGGACAAAGUAGCCAAAGGAAUAGAUGGGCAUGCUAGUGGAUUUGAUCCUGCUUCUCAAUUGUAA